AUGGCAGCGUCCACACGAGCGUCAACAGGCCACUCCAAGCCGCGCAUCCACCUAACCGUGUCCACCGAGCCGGAACGCAAGCGGCGCACCGGCGGCACCACGACAACCCGUCACAACCACCACCACCACCAUACCACCAAGCGGACCGGCGCGACCAGGGCCCCGGCUACCCACCACAAGCGGAAGCCGCACCUGAGCGACAAGAUCGAGGGCGCCGCCAAGAAGCUGGUUGGGAAGAUCACGCGCCGGCCGGGGAAGAAGGCCGCGGGGACGCGCCAGAUGCGCGGCACCGACGGGAAAGGCAGCCGAGUCCAGCGCGUGUAA